UCAAAGGCCAUCAGAACUCUAGUUGAAAAUGAGGCAAUAAAAAAUUAUAUAUCCCUAGCAAUUAUAGCCGCUAUCAAAGAAUAUGCAAUAACCAAAUUAGAUCUCACUGCAAGUGUACAUAAUCUAAAUCAUAAAGAAGUAACAAAUAUUAAAUAUAAGGUUUGUGAGCCUAUAGAAGCUCAUCUUAUUAGAAAUUUGAAUCUGAAAUUAGAUAUUUCAGAAACAAUGUCUUAUUUAAAAACUCAGUGA